UUUCGAGUAGUCCGAUCCUCAAGUACUUCUAAGCAUCAAGCCUGAUCAUGACUACGUUGAGGGUUACAGCAGUGUUCUACAUUUUCAUCCUUCUUUCUUUGCUGGCUUUGCCUCCAAUUUAUGCUUGUGGUUAUUGCAACCCUCCUUACCAAGCACGUCCAACUCCACCAAUAUCCACUCACCCACCCGGCAGAGGUGGCAACCCACCUAGAUUCUCUCCACCUUCCACUAAUCCACCAGUUUUUGGGCGCCCACCAACCGUGAGGAAUCCUCCGGUGACACUCCCACCACCUGCUUCUACAUAUCCUCCAUACGGCGGGGGAAGUCCACCUUCAGGUGGUGGCGGCGGAAUGCUACCUCCCAUCGGUGGUGGUGGUGGACUUCUACCUCCUAUUGGAGGCGGUGGUGGGCUUUUACCUCCUAUCGGAGUCGGUGGUGGACUUCUACCUCCUAUUGGAGGAGGUGGUGGACUUCCAGGAACUUCCCCGAGUUGCCCGAUUAAUGCUUUGAAGUUAGGGCUAUGUGUGGAUGUACUUGGUGGGUUGGUACAUGUUGGGUUGGGAGACCCGGUUGAAAAUGCUUGCUGUCCAGUAAUUGCAGGAUUACUAGAGCUCGAAGCCGCUGUUUGUCUGUGCACUAGUAUAAGACUUAAGCUUCUUAAUCUUAAUAUCUUCAUUCCUCUAGCACUUCAAGUUCUCAUCACUUGUGGAAAGAACCCUCCACCUGGUUUCGUUUGUCCUCCUCUUUAAAGAUGAGUCAUGCUGGUGCACGAUGAGUGUCGUCUAGAUCGAUGUUCAAUAUUGGGAGUACUGAGUCGUAAGUGUCAGAGUUUGGUUGCUUAUUUUGAGGUGUUUAUUUGAAUAUGCAUUGCCGUAAUAUGUUAUUGAGGUUGAUGUGUGUGUGUUAUUUUUAUUUUUGCUAAUGUUUGUUGUGCACUCUGAUGCAAUUAGUGAUGAUCUAUAAAAACUUUCAU